GAGGGAGGGAGGGAGGGAGAGACAGAAAGAGGGAGAUAGAGAGAGAGGAUCAGGGUCAGAUGAAUUCCAGUCUGAGUGACGAAGACAGUGUGUGCGAGUGGAGAGGAGAGUGUGUGUCCAUGUGUGUGUGUGAGUGGACGAAUCAGGGAGGGUUAGAGUGAGAGAGUGAGGGGGGGCUGAUUUGUGUAUGUGUGUGAGAGAGACAGAGAGACAGAGAGAGAGAGAGACAGGAAAUUCAGGCAGGAGAGGGUUGGGGAGAUAAAGGGAGGAAGGAAAAGGGGGACAGAAGGGAAAAAAAAGACAAGACAAGGGGACCCAGACAGAGAGGGAAGAUGGCUGAACCGGAGCUGAAAUCACGGAGCAGCAGGGAGAGCGUUGCCAAGGCGGUGAGCCAGGAGAAGAUGGGGGCAGCUGAAGCAGACCCAGACCAAGAUGGUCUUAUUGUGGAGCAGCCAUCAUCUCCAUCUACCCCCAUGGUCUCUGCCCCCACGGCCACAAGCCCCACAAACGGCCCGCCUGCCAAGGGGGAGAAAAUCGAGCUCAAACGCAGCAUCACCCUCUUCAACGGCGUGGGGAUGAUCAUAGGAACCAUCAUCGGCUCGGGCAUCUUUGUCACUCCGACGGGUGUGAUCAAAGAGACUGGCUCGGCUGGGCUCUCCCUGAUCAUCUGGUCCGCCUGCGGGGUCAUCUCCACCAUGGGUGCCCUGUGCUACGCCGAGCUGGGCACGACCAUCGCUAAGUCAGGGGGGGACUACACUUACAUCUUGGAGGUGUACGGCGAACUGGCGGCCUUUCUGAAGCUGUGGGUGGAGAUGCUCAUCAUUCGGCCAUCGUCGCAGUAUGUGGUGUCGCUGGUGUUUGCUACCUAUCUCCUGAAACCUCUCUACCCACACUGUGCUGUGCCCGACAGUGCUGCCAAGCUCAUUGCCUGCCUGUGUCUUACAUCUCUUACGUUUGUAAACUGUAUCAGUGUGAGAGCGGCCACCAAGGUUCAGGACUUGUUCACAGCCUCCAAGUUGCUGGCCUUGAUCAUCAUCAUCCUCUUUGGCUUCAUUCAGAUUUUCACAGGUGAUGUGCCGUACCUGAUGCCAGACAAGGCGUUUGAAGGCAGCAAAAUGGGGGUUGACAACAUUGUCUUGGCUUUGUACAGCGGUCUCUUUGCUUUUGGAGGCUGGAACUACCUGAAUUACGUGACCGAGGAGAUGAUCAAUCCAGAGAGGAACCUUCCCCUGUCUAUCAUCAUAUCCAUGCCUAUAGUGACAGUGGUGUAUGUUCUGACCAACCUGGCCUACUUCACCACCAUCUCUCCUCAAGUUAUGAUUGAGUCCGAGGCUGUUGCCGUGAGUUUUGGGGAGUAUCAUCUCGGUGUCAUGUCCUGGCUGAUUCCUGUCUUUGUGGGACUGUCCUGUUUUGGAGCUGUCAAUGGAUCCCUCUUCACCUCAGCACGAUUGUUCUAUGCUGGAGCUCGAGAGGGUCAACUCCCUGCUGCUCUGGGAUUGGUUCACACAGACGUUUUCACACCAGUGCCGUCCCUCAUCUUUACGUGUUUUCUGUCCAUGAUGUAUGCCAUCUCCCAGGACAUCUUCUCUGUCAUCAAUCUCUUCAGCUUCUUCACCUGGCUGUGUGUUGGUAUGGCCAUUGCUGGUAUGCUCUGGCUGCGCUUUACCAAGCCUGACCUCAGAAGGCCCAUUAAGGUGUAUCUGUUUAUCCCUAUAACAUUCGUUUUGGGCUGUGUCUUCAUGAUCGUCGUGUCCUUCUGGGCAGCUCCAUUUGAGUGCCUGGUAGGUAGCAGCAUUAUUCUCACAGGCAUCCCAGCGUACCUACUGGGCUACAAGUGGAAGAAACCCCAUGUGGUCAAGAAGAUGCUGGAAAUCUUCACCAUGUUCUGUCAGAAGAUCUUCAUGUCUGUUCCUGAGGAGAAGGGGCAACAUGAGGCGGCUGAGUAAUAUUGGACAGGCUGAACAAGAUGAAGGACUGAAUUGCUAUUUUUGUCUCAACGUUCUUGACAUGUUUACAUUCAUUCAUUCUUUUUUUUUUUUUUUAAAUGAUCUUUAUCUAACCAGGCAGGUAACUCUGGAACAAACUGGUAUAUACAAGAGCAGCCUGUCAGUCUUGGAAAAGGAGGGCUUAUGUAUGUGUGUAUGCUCUUGUGUACAAAGUAUGUAGGCAUAUUUUAUGAACACUGCAGUGUUUAAAAUAGUAAAAUCUUAGCCAGGAUUUUAUGCUACUUUCAUUCUAAAUCUGUUUCACAAGUACAACUCCUUUAAUGCUGGAACAUGCUUAUAGGUUGCAUGUUAGUUAAUGGAGAAUCAUGCUCUGAUCUUGGUGUCACAGGCACAUAAUUAAUUGUAUACUGAAAACACAGCACAUUAGAGGCUCCAAACAGUAUGCUCUAGUGGCCUAAAGUUUAUUGUUUGCCUGAAGUGUACAAAUGAGUAGUUUAUUAGGGCAAGAAAACAUUUUUGACUUUCUUUACAUUUACUAAACACUAACAACCAAAACUACCCAUAGUUCAUUAUAGUUUACAGUUUUAUAGAAUGAGUUUUAAAGCCCUGUAUAAGAAACACUAAGUAUAUAGUGCAUAAAUAAAGUCAGGGGUGGAGGAAGGUUGGAAGUGGUUUACUAGCAUAACACUGAUUAGAUCAUACACAUAGGCUGCUAAUAUUUCUGUUAAAUAAAUAUUGAUUUCUAUAUUUGUAUUUUUUGUAUUCAUUUGUAAGAUGAAUCAGCAGCACACAGCACUAUCUUAAAGCACAAACUAAAACUGAGAUGAAACAGUGUAUGUAAUGUUUCCUUAAGAUAUGUUGCUGUGAAGCAGGCCUGUUCCUGUAUCAUUUUAUUUUCAGUGUCUUUGCUCCAUGUGUGAUGAUAUUUGAUGAAAUGACAGCAGAUACCAGCACCUGUUUGUGAGGCAUUAUUAUAAAAAACUGAAGAUCUGUAUAGAUGUCAUUCUAGUGGCUGUAUUUAGUAAACUCCAUUGUAGUGUUAGUGUUUUGUAAUGCGUGUAUCUAUUAUCUGUGCCAGCUGUGUCAGUGCUGAUAUUCCAUUUUUUAAAAAUUUUUUGUUUUAUCAUCACUGUAAGACCAAAAUGAAUGUUGCAAAUGGAGUGACAUCAACUUUGCUUUUUUUUUUUUUUUUUUUUUUUUUUUUUUUAAAGUAUCUAUAACCCCCCUGCUUUUUAAAUAAAUAUCUAAGGUUUUCCCAAAGUUAUUGGAAUGCCCUUUCCCAGUCCAAUCAAGAUCCAAGAGCAAAAAAGUCUCAGGGGGAAAAUGAAGUAGGGUGGAAUGUGUGUGGGUUGGGAAACAUUUCUGGAUUUUGCACAGAACAGAGUGACAGUCCCCAUAAACAUCAAAAACAUCAACAAGUGUUAUGUGGAUUGUUAGCCUCUGCUCAAUUCAUUGCGUGCUGACAGUCCAGGUUUUCUGGGACAUUGUCAAAUCUAAUGAAUGUAUAAUAAUUGAAGACAAAAAACAGAAAGAGGUUCCUCCAGCAUGAAUGGAGCUUAAGAUUUGACAGUUUCUCACAAUGCGGGACAGCAGAAUGAGGAAAAUACUGAUACUAUAAUGCUGUGAAACAUGACGUCCAACAGAUUUACUAUACGUUGGACCUAAGAGAGGAGCGCUUUUCAACCUCAUCUUAUUUGUUGAUGGAUUGGAUGAUGAACAAUCAAAAUUUAAAAACGCUGCCAUGAAAAUGGGAGGGACACACAGCGUCCCCCCGUAGCAUCUAAUGUUUACAACAGAUUUUAAGGAAAAGAAGUUGAUAUGAAGUUAGAAAAAGGCACAGUUUAUUACAUAAAAAAAAGAGAAAGUACUUUUUUCAAAAUCUUCAUCCCAGUCAGAUAAUUGUGAGCAAAACAAACAAACGGCACAAUGCUUGAAGGAAGUAAAAUGUAUUUGUCCAUUAUCAAACAAAUUAGUUUAAAUUAAAACAGAGCACAUGUGUCCAAAAACACAAAGUAUUGAUUGAGAUGAAGAUAUAUGGUUACUGCUGGCCUCAUCAUAUAUUUUAUGUUACGCACAACAUACUGGAUCUGUGUAUUACCAUAUAUAUAUAUGAAUUGAUGAUGCCUUUAAAGGUAUUUGCCUAAUAAAAUGUUAUAGAGAAACACAUAACUCUAAUAGCAUAUUUUUAAUCUUGCAAACAGAAAGUACCUAUGUCAAUUAUUGUAACUGUUGUAUGUCAGUGACCAUGGCAGGUACAUGUAAUAAUAAAAAUAUUUUUGUUCAAAA